CGUAUUAACGAGAUAGAACACCUUGGGCUUUCUGUGAGUGUUGUAUUGAAAUUCAUUGCAUUGUUUUGCUUUUUUAUCUCGUUCUUUGUCUUUAGAACAGCACUGUAUCUUGUCUUUUAUUUCUUUUGUAUUAUGUUGUCUGUGACCGGUGCCUACAGAAGGGACUGCACAGCCGGGACAGAACACAGAACAGAAGUUCAUCGAGAAAAAGCCAUUUUCCCAAUGGCUUUAAAUUCCACACAGUCCACAGAAAGGUCUUCUUCCGAUACUGGAAGAAGUGCUGAUAGAGACUGGCCUGAUUUCGUUUGCGGUGCUGGUGCAGCAGCCACAAAUAUUAUCGUAACUUUUCCCGCCUACAAAGUGAUGUUUCGACAGCAAGUGGAAGGAUUAAGAUUUCGCAAGGCGUUAAGACAGGUCCUAAGAGAAGGUGUUUCAAACCUUUAUCGGGGAGUUGGACCUCCGUUGAUGCAAAAAGGGACUUCAUUAUCUAUUAUGUUUGGCGCCUACCACAAGUUUCAAAAAGAACUCUCUCGGAAUUUCACUGGCAUGGCUUCAGUUACGACAAAUGCCUUGGCCGCAAUGCUAGCUGGAACUAUGGAAGCAAUCUUAACGCCAUUUGAACGAGUGCAAACGUUACUGUCUCAUCGUGGCCAUAAUGAGAGGUUCGUCAACACAUUUCAUGCGUUUAAGGUUGUAGGGAUGCAAUAUGGUUUCCGUGAAUAUUACCGUGGUCUCACGCCUAUACUGUGUAGAAAUGGACCUUCUAAUGUGUUAUUUUUCGGCCUGCGGGGUCCAAUAAAAUCCAUGUUACCUGAAGCAAAGACUAAUAUUGGCAAUGCAGCCAAUGAUUUUGUGAGUGGAGCAGUUUUAGGAGCUUGUCUGAGUACUUUCUUCUUUCCAGUUAAUGUUGUUAAAAGCCACAUGCAAAAACAGCUUGGUGGAGAGUUCGUGAGCUGUCUCAGAGCUUUCACUGUGGUUUUCAAUGAGCGGGACAGGAGAGUACGGCGCUUGUUUUAUGGAGUACCGCUCAACUACACAAGGGCUUUAUUGUCUUGGGGAAUGAUCAACUGUACGUAUGAACUUUUGAAGAAGUUGAUUUGUUAUGGAAAUUUUCUUAGUAACAAGAAAUAUGCAAAGACAUAGUUAGCAUGAUGNGGGUUGAUUAUUACAGUGCGACAAUUCAAACCAGACCACCUGGAAGAAAACUAACCAAUCAAAACGUAAACUGAGAACAAUGGUCUGUUUGACGUGAAAACAUAACAAAAUCAACUCCUCCACAUUAUAUACACUCUUAGAGAUUCAGUCCUUCAUCGCAAAUUAUAUCAUAACAAUAUUAUUACGAAUCUCGCUCGAAAAAUGUAGCUUGAAAAUUCAUUGUAUGACAACUAAACCAAAACCAUUCAAAAGCAUACAAAAUCAAGGAUUUAUUUGAAACUAACCAAUCAACAAAUUGCAAAGUUUCCUGAGAGUUUCACUUUGCACUUUGUUGGGUGUUCAAUUUUGUUAAGAACUACGAUGUUUGUAUUCUUCAAUGUUAUUGGUUUAUUUCAGAAAAAGAUUGCCAUCUUUUGUUCUCAAGUAACAUUCUGAUUGGUUAACUCUUUUCCAAGUGAUCCGGUUUGAGUAGUCGCAUUGCAAUGUCUCUUUUUACAUUAUUUUCAUGACAUGCUAAUUAACUGACAUAAUUAGCUGGAAUGUAGCCCUCAUGAAUGCAUUAAUUUGGCUUCUCAUCCAGUGAAUCCAGUGAAGGGAUGCUUGACAACAGCAAAUAAUAUUAAAUCAAAAGAUUGUAUGACAAGAAAGGAUUGUGACUAAGAUUGUGUGAUGAGCAAAAACCCUACAUAAAAUGAGACCUACAAUGUUAAAAUUAUUAGAGGAACUUAUUUUUAUAUGUUAGCAUCUGUUAGAUGCAUAAUAUGCAAUUGUUUACACAUGUACAUGUGUAUGUAGCUCACAGUGACGAAACUGUUUUUUGUGGCUUUGCGUGCCUGUCAUGUAGCCACUUGUUGGUUAUGCAGUGAAUUUUUUCCAGUAUAUUUUAUAAAAUUUAAUCAUUGUAACGUGCACUUUUAAUGGUUGUGUAUUCAUUUUGCAUCAGACUGCAAUGCAUGAUGCAUUUUGCUGCCUUAUUUUUAAGAUAUGGCUGCUUCUUGUUAAAGGCUGGUUUUCUUUAAUGAAGAAGUUGCAGUCGGCAUCUUAAUCAUGAGCACAGCAUGAUACAAUCUAGUUAAAACCAAACCUACAAAGUCAGAAGAAGAACACUGAUUCUGCUUAUGGCUUCAUGGCAUAUGAUCUAGUGAAAACUCCAUUGUCAGAGUCAAAGAAAAAAUGCUUUUUUUCAUUUGGAGCUUCCUAUCAAGACAUGCAGACAGAAUCGAUUACUGAAUUACUUCACUUAAUUUCUUCUCUCCUCUGGGAGAAUAGGGCCAAAAUAUGUGUCCUUACCCUAGUCUGAUACACCUACCAAAUUUCAAAAUGCAUUGUAGAUGUUGCUCUCUAACAAAAAGAAUUUGCGAAUCUUGCCUUUAGCCAUUACAAUAGAACCCUGCCUUACAGCCGACCCACUCCUAUGGCCACCUCGUUAGUCAGUCAUUUUCUUAUAUAUUUUGAAGAACCCCUUUAAUACAGCCACCCAGUUAAUAUGGUCAGAUUUUUGUUGUUCUUUGGUGACCAGAUUAAUGGGGUUCCACAAUAUUUCUAAUGAGCAGUGAUGGAAUGUGUCUCCUUAACCACUUAAAUAAUAGCAUAAAAGAGACUGGUCACUAGGAAUAUUACUUUCCAUAUGAAGCUUAAUUGGAUUAUGCGAAUAAUAUUCUUCUAUUUAAAAGAUUGUGAAACUAUUGUAAAGAAAAUGUACACUGUAUAAUUUGUAUUACAUGUAUCAAUAUUAUUUAUGCCCUUUUAAAGAAAUUCUUCUUGAUGACAUUUUCAACAAAAGAAAUGUACAAUGAUGAAAUGAAUUUGAAAAUUGACUACAUGGUGAUUAAGAUAUUAAAUUGUAAGGGGGAUCGACAAACUGGCAUAAUUUAUUAUGAAGAUAUUCAUAAGGAGUCUUGAAGGGGGAGGGGUGGGGGUGGGUUUAGCCUGUUCCUCAGAAAUAAACCAUUUUACGGUUGUCUGCUAAGUGACCUGGCCUUUGAAUGGCAGCGAGGCUGGAGGUGUCCUUAGACUCGGUGGAAAAAGGGCGUUGGUAAUUUUUUGUCAAAAGUGAACUCUCUUUGUUAUAUGGGAAUACUUCCAC